AUGGAGCAGAAGGGGCGAGGGUGCCCAUAUGUCCACAGGUGGCGCCAGAUGUUCUACAAAGCGGACAUUGGCGGCUGGCUGGGAGACGUGGACGAGCGCAGUGUCUCCUACCGCCUGGAUUCUGGAGUCAACGAAACUUCAGAUUCCUUCCGUUUCUCCGUUGAAGACAAAGGAGGGAACCGCCUUAGAGCGCAGGAAUUCGAGCUGAACUGGUCCUGGAUUAGCCUGGAGAAGGAGCUGUACGAGGCCAACGAGACGGACAAGGUCGUGCUCGUUCACCUUCGGCGUCGUGGGUUCCUGGGCGAGACCUCCUUCGUCACCAUGGAACUGCAAAACGGCACAGCUCAGCCAGACGAGGACCUGCACCCAUCCUACGCCCACCAGGUCCAGUUCAACCCCGGCCAGCAGGAGGCUCUCUGGCGUCUCAGGCUCCAAGACGACGGACUCUACGAGGGCCCCGAGAGCCUUAGCUUGAGACUCGCGCUCCCGGUUAUGACUGCCGUCGAGGACCCGGCUGAGGCUCUGGUCGUUAUCAGCGACGAGGAAGAUGUGAGCCGUGUAUCAUUCGAAAUCUCUUCCUUGGCGGUGGAGGAGGACGUCGGGGAACUGAAGGUCGACCUCGUACGAAGCGGCGAUCUCUCGAAGGAACUGACUGUGGCUUGUGUGACAGUUUCUCCGUCAAGUGAAGACAGUGCCACAGGAACAGUGCCAACCUCAGUCCUCUCGUAUUCUGACUAUAUCACCCGGGCUGACGAUCCGACUUCCAUGGUCACGUUCGGUCGAGGCGAGAGUCACGCAGUCUGCUCCGUUAUCGUGAUUGAUGACUCGCUGCAAGAGACCGCGGAGUCAUUCUCUUUGGUCCUGCGGUCUCCUAUGGGCGGGAACCUCGGUGACGUCAUCAAUCUCACCGUCACUAUUAUGCCCGAUGCUAACGAUGUGCCGCUCAUAUUCUUCGGAGAAUCGACAUACAACGUCGACGAAUCAGCUGGGUCAUUAGAGGUCACUGUCUGGCGCACUGGCACUGACCUCUCUCGCGUGGCAUCGGUCCAAGUGGCAUCCAAGGCACUCCACCCAACGGAGGCACAAGCCGGGUACGACUACGUGGCUGUGGGUCGUCAGGUGGACUUCCUCCCCGGGGCGACGGUGCAGACGGUACGACUCGCUAUCCUGGACGACCUCGGGGCCCCGACGCUGGAAGGACCCGAGAGGCUGCAGCUCGUCCUUCGCGUCCCCGUCAACGCCUCCCUCGGGAAUCCUGCGGUCGCGAACGUCACCAUUAAUGAUUCACGGUCGGAUUUGCCCAAGUUCGAGUUCAGUGCCAGCCUUUACUCGGGCUACGAGAGUGACGGGGAAGUUACAGCCUGGAUAUCGCGCUCCGGAGACCUCGCUCACCACGCCUCCGUCAGAUGCUUCACAAGACAGGAGACGGCAGAAGUUGGCCUGGAUUUCGACGAGAGACCAAAUACCAACGCCUCUUUUGUUCAUUUUCAACCCGGCGAAGUGGAACGUCCUUGCAAAGUCAUCUUAGUGAACGACCACAUGCACGAGGACGACGAGACUCUCAUGUUACGCCUGGGGGCUCCUGCGUCGCCUUCUGCCGGAGGGGCUCUGCUGGGGGCGCGAAACAGCUCCUCUGUCACCAUCAAGGACAAGGCCGACCGCUCGACCAUCUACCUGGAGGAGACGCGAGUGAGUGUCGAGGAGCCCCCAGAAGCAGGUGAACAAAGGACAGUGCGCUUGGGCGUGGCGAGGGGCGGCGACACCUCCUCCACCGUCGCUGUCAGAGUGCACACUAAGGACGGGUCAGCGGUUUCAGGAGCGGACUACUUUGGCUUCAGUAAAGAGCUGGUGUUCGCCCCCAACGUGUCCCGUCAGGAGGUGGAGCUGGUGGUCCUCGGCGACAGGGUCAAGGAGCACCGAGAGGCCUUCACGGUCCACCUCAAGUCCGACCUCGGCUCCGCGUCCAAGGUGGAGGUCGUUACUUCAAAGGCCAUUAUUUAUAUCGAAGAAAUGAACGUCGUAGCAGAUGUGACUUUCCCAGCGCCUCCUGUGGUCGUUUCUCUGCGCGACUACGAUAUACCAUUCGCUGCCCCACUACCUGUGCCCGGAUACCCAGUUAUCUGCGUUACGGCGUGUGACAGCAAGCACCCAGACUUCAAGGAGACGGGGCCCUUGUGCGCUCGUCAGGGAAUCAACCAGACUCUAUCCUCCUUCAGGUGGCGAGUGGCCGCUCCUUCAGGGUACGAUGGCGUUAGCAAGGAUCUGAAAGACGUCUCUUCUGAUACGUUUUUCACUAGCACUCGAAGCAAAACGUUAGACAGCGUGUAUUUCUCCACUGGAAGCCGCAUGCAGUGCGUAGCCCGCGCGUACUCCGUGGACGGCGACGCAGGCUUGGAACUGGCCUCGGCGCCCAUCAGCAUAGCGCGGGAGGGGGGGCUGUGUCCUCCGAAGUACGAGAGGACGUUCGGCGCCGAUCCCUUCACGGCAAAGCUGCACUACACAGGACCUGACGACGAGGACCUCCCCAAUCUGGUCCGCGUCGAGGUGGUGAUUCCGCACAGGGACGGCAUGAUCCCCGUCCUCUCGACCCGCGCCCUCACCAACUUCGAACUCACGCUCUCCAGGGACGGCAUCAGGAUAGGGAAUCACCGCUGCUCCAAUCUGCUGGAUUUCCACGAGGUGCGGACAGAGCAUGGGUUUUUGACCAACGAGACUCGAAGUCCCCGACCGGUGGAUGAAGUUGAACCUUACCAGUAUUCCUCUGAUCUCCGAAGUCCUUCAACGUUGAGAUUCUACCGCGCCUUGGACCUGGAAUCCUGCCUGUGGCGUUGGGUCGGUCACUUCACCAUGUCCGAAUUAGUGACGCAGUGUGGGGGCGUCACCACCACCGACGGGCAGGUUUUAGACGUCGUGCAGAGUUACGUCAGCAUCGCCGUCCCUCUCUACGUCUCCUACAUCUUCCAUUCUCCCGUGGCGACCGGAGGCUGGCAGCACACCGAUCUCACGACGCAUCUCAGGCUGAGCUUCGUCUACGACACCUCUAUCCUCUGGCACCAGGGAAUAGGAGCUCCCGCCACCAGUGAGCUCGACGGACACCUGUAUCCUACGGCCAUGAGGAUACGGGAGGACGGGCGUCUUGUGGUGUCCUUCCGCACCGAAGCGAGAUUCCGCGGAAUUUUCGUGAAGACGCACCAAGCCGUGACCCAGCAGAGUUCCGUGACCUCCGAGGAACACCCUGACCUGACCUUCACCCUCGACCUGUUGAGGUCACAGCCGACCUACGCACAGCCGGAGCAGCAGUGGCAGUUUGUGUCCGAUUUCGCGGUACGCGACUACAGUGGUCGAUACAAGGUCCUCCUCCUUCCCUGCACAGUGACGGAGGACGUGGCUUACUCACUGCCUCUUCUGUGUAACCCGCGGGAGGCCGUUGAGUUCGAUCUGCAGGUACGUUUCCAACAAGUAUCCGACCCAGUACCUGAGGAAUUCACACUUAGCACUAUCUUCCACCUGAUGCGCAGGAGGGAGCUCUGGCUGUCGGACCUCACGACUGACUUCGAUACUGAAUCUGACGUCUCUUUUUAUCCUGGCGAGCGCAUCUACGGGCGUGUGAUGAUCAACCCUGUGCAAGCGCUGGGCGUCGGCUUCCACGUGACUCUGGAGAAGUGUUUCAUCUGCACGGGCGUGGACGGGUACGUGCCCAAGUACAACCCGGCCACCGAUGAGUACGGCUGCGUGGCGGACUCACCCAACCUCCUCCACAACUUCAAGAUCAUUGACAAAGGAGCACCGGACUCCGUGAAAUUCGAGUACCAAGGGAAGGCCUUUAAGGCUCUCCUCGCUGUUGAAGACGAUGAGCCUGACGUCAUCGCCCUUCUGAACCAACCCGGUGCUGAUGGCUUUUCUCUGGAUUCAACACCACUGUUCGAGGUUGCGUACGGGCGCCAGUGGUUCGUCCACUGCAUCUACACGGUGCGUUCGGAGGAGAGCGCCGCCCGUGGGAUAGGCAAAAGGGACGUGGCGAGCCAGGGGCGCCUCCACCACGCCGUCGCCGCCUUCGCCUCUCCACAAGGGCCUUUGAGAAGAACCAGGAGAGCCAGCCCGGAGCCACGAACGGGAGACAAUGGACGCGGGACCAACAUGCACAGGCUUUCGUUGCGGAGCAGGCCAGAGGGGAGCCUUGAUCCCGGAGUCACAGACGAGGACUCCCACUUUCCUCUCGUCCCCUUACUGGUGGCACUGGCGUGUGUGGUGGCAGCGGGAAGCGUAGCGGCGGCGGUGGUGUUGGCAAGAAGACGCCAAGGGAAAGUUUUACCACCGGGGUACAUGACUGUGGCUGGCAACGGCACUUCGGCCACCUACAGGAAUCGUAACAUCGUGGAUCCCCGUUAUUACCACACUCACGAGGACAACACCGAAGUGUAGUGACGUUGAGUUGUGUGUGCGUGUCUAUCUUUAGUGGUGUCUAGUGUGUGUGUGUGUGUGUGUGUGUGUGUGUGUGUGUGUGUGUGUGUGUGUGUGUGUGUGUGUGUGUGUGUGUGUGUGUGUGUGUGUGUGAGAUAUAAGAUUAUCAUUAUUAAUUGAAAUAACAAAUUAUGUCUCUUUGCAAUGAUAUGGCGGAGAAAGGAAGAUAAAUAGAGAGAUAUUCAUAAAUAACAACAGUUCAUGGUUCCUAAGUGCAACACGCAAACGGAGGAAAGUGACUUUCAUUAUUCUCAAUAACCUACAACAAAGAAACUGAAAAAUAGAAUAAUAGAGAGAAAGAAAGAGAGAAAAAAAAGGAAAACAGAAGCAAUAAAAGAAAGGAAUGAUUGUGAUCUGGACAGACGAAAAUGGAUAAUGAUAUAAAAGAUAAACAUACUAAAAACAAACAAAUAAACAAACAAACAAAAAACGAUAUAGACAAAAUGGACUGAUAAGCAAAAUAGAAUAAGAAAAGAUAAUUAUUUUUUUCUUUACUUAUUCGAGCAAAGUUCGUGUGAUGUGAAAAUCGGUUCCUCCUCAUGACCUCAACAAUGCUAAUCUGUCACUGCCACGUUUGCUCAUUAUAAGACUCUUUUUUUCCACUGUAUAGGAUCUCUCAGUUGGGCUUUAUAUGUACUUAAACCUGUUGGUGGAUUGUACUUAAUGUAGGUCUAUUACAUGUAACAAUUACACGCGAAAUCUUAUUAUUAUAGUUGUA